CCGGGACGGGAGAGGAGAGACUUGUUUACACAGACUGCCGAGCGCCUGGGGAAUAAUGCGGAAAGGAAGUGAUCCGGAGCUCUUGUCUGCCUGAUCCAGCUUCCUGCUUGGGAGGAUCUGGUUACCGCAGCAGCACCACUCCAGCAUGGGAAGAGGAGGCACCGCACCUCGCUGAGCCGAGCCGAGCCGAGGGCAGCGAAGCCUGCCGGCCGGCCGUCCGGUAGGUAGGUAUGGAGAGUGCCAUCACGCUCUGGCAGUUCUUGCUGCAAUUACUGCUGGACCAGAAGCACGAGCACCUCAUCUGCUGGACGUCCAAUGACGGGGAAUUCAAACUCCUCAAGGCCGAGGAGGUGGCUAAACUCUGGGGUCUGAGGAAGAACAAAACCAACAUGAAUUAUGAUAAGCUGAGCCGUGCACUCCGAUAUUAUUAUGAUAAGAAUAUUAUUAAGAAGGUGAUUGGACAGAAAUUUGUUUACAAAUUUGUCUCAUUUCCGGACAUUUUAAAGAUGGAUUCCCUGGCUGCAGAUUCCAGUCGGGAACACAUUUUGCUCAGGGACAGUGAGGCCCCGUCCAUUGCCGAGGGUGGGAAGCACCAACAAAUGCCGUUACCCAGCAGCAGAAGUCCCAGUCGUAAUGACUACAUCCACUCUGGUUUGUACACAUCUUUCACUAUAAACUCUCUGCAGAAGCGGUCACACUUCUUCAAGUCCAUCAAAAUGGAAAAGCCUGAGGAACGGAUGGCGAGGAAAUCAACACCCGAGGAGGUCCGGACUGUCAUCCGGUUCAUAACCAAUAAGAGUGAGAGACCAGCUGCUGUACCAGUUGUCUCAGCAGCACCUGCCCAGUCUCCUCCUCCAGAAGCCAUGGCUGCAUCAACCUUCUUCACGUCUGCCUCCUCCAAAGCAUCGUCACCUUUAGCAUUGCUUCAUUCGGCCACUGCAUCGUCAUCCUCAACCUCCGCCACCUCCUCAGGAUGCCAGGAGGCUCCCAUUAUUGAACUUGAUGUCAAUGAUUCUGAACAGUCAGUUCAACCCCUGAACCUCUCAUCAGGCCCAAAAACCAAAUCCCCUUGUCCCACUGACCAGAAACACCCCCAGCUUCCAAAGACUAAGAAGCCCAAAGGCCUGGAGAUUUCGGCUCCUUCUUUAGUCAUAACUAACACCGAUGUCAGCUCGAUUGCCCUCAAUAGCCCAGCACUUCCGUCAGGGUCUCUCACUCCUUUUUUUACUGCACAGACACCAAGUGGGAUUCUGUUGACACCGAGCCCCCUACUCUCCAGCAUUCACUUCUGGAGUACACUAAGUCCAGUCGCCCCCUUGAGUCCUGCCAGGUUACAGGGGCCAGGCUCCCUAUUUCAGUUUCCAAGCUUGGUAAAUGGACAUGUACCGAUCCCAAUGCCCAGCCUGGAUGGGGUUUCUCCCUUGCUGCUUUCAUCAAAUGCUCAGAAAUCAUGAUACUUCCUUAAUGAAGGAACAUAAGGGACCAAUUAAAUACCAAAACGUAGAGCAAUAUUCAGCUAUCAUUUGUAUCAGUGAUGUUGCAUCAUUGAUAUGAAUUUGUCAAUCAUAUUAUGAAGUAUAGAUUAAAUGCCUUUUACAUGUUUUGAUUAGUUUUGUUCCCAGUGUUUUAUAAUGAAGUUGGCAAUAAAUAUAUAACCUUUUCCUGUACUUUGCGUUUUAUGCACCGUGCUUUUAAUGAAUGUUAACCAGCUGUGCCUAUGCUUAGUUUGUGUAACUUGUAAAUGAACAGUAAACCUGUUGUAAUGGCAAGUUAUUAGCAUUAUUAAAUAAUUGAAACUUUGUAUCAGUUUUCAAUUAUUGGUUAUUAAAGGACGAUACUAUGUAUUAGCAAAACAGAUUAAUGUUAUUUUCAGUGUAAGUUUUUUAAAAGAGAAAACUUUUCAGUUUGUUUUAUAUAUGAGUUUGCCUUGUCUCUGUAUUUUGGCUA